ACAGGACACCAAUUACGACAGCUUUUUGCAACUAUACUUUUAUUUUGCCAAUCUAUAAAACCUGAGUUAUUAUGGAAUAAUCAUAAAAUUGCAUUGUGUGAGGAUAUUUUAUAUCGAGCUCAUGUACAAUUACAAGAUCUUGAAGAUGCAAGUAAUAUUUCUGCUACAAUUGAACAUAAAGCUCUUACUCAAUUGAAAAAUAUACUUUUACUAAAUGGAAAAUCUUUAAAAGAUUUUCCUGAUAUGCCAAUUCCCUCUAUUACUUCAAAUAUUAGUAAUAAUAAAGAAGAAUUAAAUCAUUUAAUAUGUGAAGAGAGGUCUUACAAUAUAAGACUUAGAAACUGA